UUUUAAUUUUUGUGUCUUUUUUCUAGUUUUUUUGUCAUUAUUUCUUGUAUUUGCGAAAAGUUCCAAGGAUGAGUCAGACUUUAUUUUUAAUUUUUUUUUUAAUUCGCGAGAGGUCAGCAUCGAGCCUUUUUGUUCUGAAGCUUGAGCCAACCUAUCUCCCGGCACUAUUAAUUGCUGUUUACGCCCUGUUUUACAAUUAUUGUUUUUUUCUUUAAAUUUUCUUUCAUUAAUUAUUGACGCUAUUUAUAACAUUCUAAAUAGGGUUGCCGUUUUCGGUUCGAGCCGACGUUCGGUACAUAUUUUUCGAUCUUGGUUUUUUUUCGAUUCGGUUUGUUUCCGAGCUUUUCGAGUUAAAAAGCCUCGGCUCGCUUGAUCUUUCGAGUUUCGCGAGCGAGCUGGGAACCCUAAUUCUAAAUUUAAAUUUUAUAUUUUUAGAGACUUAUCAAUUAAAAAAAAUUUUAUUUUGAAAUUAUUUCAAUUAAAAUGACGAAUGUUCAACAACUUCAACAGUACAAAGACAAUAUUCUGUCUCAUCUGCCUGUUCUAGUGAAGGCUUUUUCGCGAAAAGUCAAUUUUGACCAGGUUCGACGGGAGGAUUUGUUAGGUCUUCAUAAAACGAUGGAAAAUAUCUACCUCCAACUUGUUGAGUGGUCUGUUUAUCAUGAUCAAGUUCCGCGUUUAAUUGGAUGGCCUAAUGUGGAUAAGAACCGACAUUUUCCGCAUCUCAAAGAUACUUAUAUGGCAAUGCGUAAGAAGCUCAACGAAUUUUUUGUUGCACAAGCUGAUUUUUUUGCUGGGAAGAAAAUUGAGGAAUUUGAUGAGUGGAGUCUUAUGAGGGGUCUUUUCAAUGGGAUACUUAUAAUGACCAAUGGAUUGGUUUCCGAUGAGGACAAGGCAUUACAGUGAAGUGAGGGGGAAUUAUGUAAUUUUUUUGAGGAUUUAAAAUUGGAAUAAAAAUA